CUCCUCUUUGGGUAAAUGUGUCCCUCUGCUUUGUCUGUCAGGACGGCCCUGGCUCGGUUCAGGCAGGCUCAGCUGGAGGAAGGAAAAGUCAAGGAAAGAAGACCCUUUCUGGCCUCAGAGUGCAGUGAACUUCCUAAAGCUGAAAAAUGGAGACGACAGCUGUGCUGGAGGCGGUCCACAGGUGGAAAACAGAGAGAGAGUCUCGAGUGUCUGGAGAGCAACAGCAGGAGGAGGAAGAGGAGGAGAGCAUCUACACCGUCUACAACGAAGAGCCUGAUGACCAGGAGAACCAGGAGGAGCAGGAGGGAGAGGAUGGAGGACUCGCCUUCAUCGCACACGUACCUGUUCCAUCUCAGAAAGAGGUGGAGGAGGCUUUGGUCAGGAGGAAGAAGAUGGAGUUGCUGCAGCGUUACGCCAGCGAGACUCUUCAGGCUCAGAGUCAGGAGGCCCGAGCUCUGCUGGGGCUCUGACCCAUCUGUCUGCUGCUAUAAAUACAGGCGUGUUUUUUACCUUUUCUUAAUAAAAACUUUCUGCUCUUCA